CUUUGAUAAUUAUUAGUGCAUUUUUUGGUGCUCCAUUAUAUUUUAUUACAUUAAUCAUUGGUAUAAUGAUUCCUAUUUGUACGAAUAUGAUUUUCAAAAAAGUUAUAGAUUUCAUUAAAAAGAAACUUUAUAUACAAGGAAGUGGUCCUGAGAAGACUGAAUUUAUUUUGCCAAAAUAUAAUGAAAUGAACAUUCUGGAAGUUCCUUCAGUUGAAGAAUAUCAAGUGCCAAAAACAUAUGAGGGUUGGAUUAAUCUAUAUCCUCACUUUUCUUACGACCCAGAAACCUACCAUUUAUCAGAUACUAUUCCAGUAUAUGUAAAGAUCAAAGGUAAACAUUUGAUUGUAUAUUACACUAAAAAUCAUGUAGCUAGACGAACAACUUAUAAUGAGCCUGAAUUGAAGUUAAACAUAACAUCAAGUGUAGUUUAUAAUUUAAAUAAUGCGAAAGUGUCUCUUCUUCCUGAUGGACUAGCAAAAAUUCGACAUUGGAGCAAAAAAUAUCCUAUAUGUAUAGAAAUUGAGAACACAACUGUAAAGAAUGAUGAUGUUUUUACUAACGAAGAUUUUUCAUUGGAUAAUACUAUAACUAAUUUAGAGAAAGAUGACUGCAGUGAUUCUACAACAACUAAUACCUUUCAUGAUAACACACAAGAAGAUGAAUUUAAAGAUGUUGAAGAUUAUGAAGAAAAUACAUGUGCUAGAAAUUCAGUGUCAUCUUUAGGUGAAGAUAUAGAAACCAAUUCAGAUAAUUCACAUUUAAAAGAAGAUAGACAAAGGCUGUUGUUAUUUGCUCGUGCCAAUCGAGAGAAAUAUGACUGGUAUUUGCGAAUACUCUCCACAAUAAAAUUACUUUCUGUGAAAAAUAAUGAUAAGGAAUCAAAUGUCAAGUGUUCAGAUGAUCGAGCAUCAGGAAGUGAGUCAAGCCAAGAUGAAACAAAGCAAAUAGAAAAGAAAGAAAGUAGUCAAAAUAACAAUAUCGGAACCAGUGAUGUGGAUUCUAUAUCUACAAAUAGUAAAUCUGGUGACUUUGAGAAUGUUAUAGCAGAAGAUGCCUCCAAAAACAAUGUAUCUCUAAUGGGUGACCAACAAUAUUUGAAAUACAUGGGUUAUUUUCUACAUGGAGACCAUAAAGAUGAUACAAGUGAAAUUAGCAGAGAUUUUAAUCUAUCGAUAUCUAAAGAUGUUCUCUGGUUUAAUGUAUUAGCUGGAAGAGUGCUUUUGGGUAUUUUAAAUGAUCCUGGGUGGAUUAUGAAGAUUCAAGAACGAAUCCAAAAAAAACUUUCUACAAUUAAGUUGCCUUAUUAUAUAGAUGAGCUGGAAUGUUCAGAACUUAGUUUAGGCGAAACACCACCAAAGAUACACCGUGCUUCUAAGCCCGUUAUGAAUGAAAGAGGUUUAUGGGUUGAUUUAGAUGUCACGUAUGAAGGUCUAGUCACUCUAGUCUUAUCUACAAAAUUAAAUCUCAUGAAGUUAAAAAAAAUUAAUGCAGCAGACACUGUGGAUACUAAUGAUCCAUGUCAAAGUUCUAAAUUUCAAAAUCAGAAAGCAUCUGCAAUUUACAAUAGUGAUCUAGAAGAUAGUGCAGAUAGUUCAACAUCUGAUGAUCAAGUUCAAGAUACAAAUUCAGAUAAAACAUUUUCAUUAGGUUCUAUAUCCCCAACACCCAGAAAGCAAAAUAACAAAAGCUUUUUAAAAGUUGUUGAUCAAGUUGCUGCCUCAAAGUUUUUCCAACAGGCAACAGAAAAUAAAUUCGUGAAAAAGGCUUUAGUUGCUGUAAGCAAUAGUCAGUUACGUUUACAAGUAGAUUUUCGUGGACUAAUUGGGGAAUUAGUUCUGAAUAUUCCAAAUCCGCCUUCGGAUAGAUUGUGGUUUGGUUUUCGGAAACCGCCACGCAUUUGGCUGACUGUUCAUCCAGCAUUUGGUGAGAGAAAUGUAAAUUUCACGUACGUGACGAACUGGAUAGAAAAAAAAAUUUGUCAAGAAAUUGUUAAAAAUUUAGUACUUCCCAACAUGGAGGACCUAAUUAUUCCUAUCCUCUUACCCCAGACGUAGUUGCUAAAAUGAACUUCAAAAUAAAUGAUAACGUUAUGGAAGUUGCAUUUAU